AUGGAGAAGCUCAUUUCAAGCUGGAAUAACGUUCAAUUUGUGCCUGAAAAGUACAUAUUUCCGCCUGAAAAACGACCGGGGAAUAUCACUUUUUCGGCAAGCAAGUCCAUACCAGUGAUAGAUCUUGCUGAAACAGCGAGUAAAGAUAGAGAUGUUACUAUACAGAAAAUUUUGAAGGCAGCCCAAGAAUAUGGAUUUCUCCAGGUGAUCAAUCAUGGCGUAGAGGAAGAUUUGAUGAAUGACACCAUGAGGGUCUUCAAGGAAUUCUUUACGUUGCCUGAAGAAGACAAGGCAAGCUUCUAUAUUGAGAAUCCAAAGAAGAACAAGUAUUGCAUGCUGUAUCCAAGCAGCAUGCUUUAUGCCACUGAAGAUGUUCAUUUAUGGCGUGACAAUUUACUGAAUUCUUGUCAUCCUCUGGAGGAAAGCAUCCAACACUGGCCUGAAAAGCCAACCAGAUACCGAGAGGUUGUUGGGGCUUAUGCUGCUGAAGUAAAGAAAUUGGGGUCAAGAAUAUUGGAGUUGAUUGGUGAAGGACUUGGGGUAGAGAGUGGGUAUUUUGGGGGUAAACUGAGUGAAGUUUCAACACUGUUGGUGAAUCAUUAUCCGCCAUGUCCAGACCCAAGUUUGACCUUUGGAGUGCCUGCACAUUGUGAUCCUAACCUCAUCACCAUUUUACUCCAAGAUAGUGAUGUGUGCGGCCUUCAGGUCCUGAAGGAUGGUGAAUGGAUUGGUGUUGACCCUCUUCCUAAUGCAUUUGUGGUCAACAUGGGCUACCAAAUGCAGAUUAUCAGUAACAACAAGCUGAAAAGUGUUGAGCAUCGAGCUGUGACAAAUUCAAGAAAAGCUAGAACAAGUGUUGCAUGCUUUUUCCUUCCCAGUGAUGACAGCAUCAUAGAGCCUGCAAGACCAGUUAUUAAUGCGCGCAAUCCUCCAAUCUAUAAAGCCUUCAAGUACAAAGAGUUCCUUAGCCAUUUCUUGACCAAAACUGGUGAACUUGAUGGGCCAUUGCAACCUUUUAAACUUCAGUCUUAG